AUUUUUGCAAUUAUGUUUAAUCUAUUAAAUUCAUCGUUACAUAACACAUAUGGUGUUACCAGAAUUGGUUAACAAUCGUUAAAAAAUCAUAAAAAGAUAAGAAUGUGUUAAUUAAUCGCAAUAAUGCAAUUAAAUAACGAAAAAAUGACGGCUUAUUAGUGAAAUAACACCGAUAAUAUUUGUAUACCAAGAAUAAUUAUAUCUGCUGUGAAAUCUAGGUCAAAAUUUGGGUGUCAUUACAACGUAUUAGUCUUAGUUAUUGUUCUUAUUUCGUUUGAAAGGGAUUCCGACAUUGGCUUCUUUUGGUAAUUCUCAAGUAUAAAAAGCUUUGAUCAAUUUAGUAUGGUCACAGUCAUUAAAUAGACAGUUAAUUCAUUAGUUGAUAUUAUGUACUCCAAAAUCUUAUCAGUACUGGCCCUCGCUGCCCUAACCCAGGCAGGUGUUUUGGACUAUGGUCAUGCCAGUUCAUAUUCUUCAUCUCAUAUAGCAGCCCCAGUUGUAUCCCAUGGAUAUCAUGCCCCAACCUACGCCAAAGAAGCCCAUCAUGAAGACUACUAUGCCCACCCCAAAUACGAAUUCAACUAUGGAGUUCAAGAUGGCCACACUGGUGAUCACAAAUCCCAACACGAAACCCGUGAUGGAGACGUAGUCAAGGGAUACUAUACCGUUGCCGAGGCCGAUGGUACCCUCAGAACUGUUCACUACACCGCAGAUGACCACAACGGUUUCAAUGCUGUUGUAGAAAACUCUGGACACCCUACACACUCAGCACCAGCUCAUGGUCCCGCUCAUCACGCUGCCCCAGCUUACUACCAUCAUUAAUGUUGACUGAUUGUUGUUUAAAUUAUUUAUUUAUUGUUGUGAAAAUGUGCGUUGAUUAGGUAAAUAUAGUAUUGUAA